UGGUUCCAGGCUUGCAAACUAAUCCUACAGAAAGGAAUCGUGGGAAAAAAGUAAUGGGUGGGGUUUGCUUCAAAGCCAACCGAAUCUCACUCGUUUUCUAGCCUCCUCUUACUUACAUUGCAUCUUCUUCUUCCUCCUCUUUCUAUAUAUAACUUCCAAUCUUGGGAAAGCUUUUUCAUAAUCAAAUCAAAUUCCACUUUUCUUAACUUCUUUCAAGAAAUGGCUGAAACCCCAGAUGAAAACCAGGCUCAAAUCAUCAAGGGGAAACGAACAAAGCGGUUAAGACCACUCUCUGUUUCUUCCACAUCUUCAAGUGCUGAUUGUUCUAGCUCCUCUGCUGGUUUAACCGAAGAAGAAGAAGAAGAUCAAGAUUUGGCUAAUUGUUUGAUUCUUUUGGCGCAGGGUAGAAGUAGAAUAACGGGGGAUUGUUCCUCUGUUUUGGUUGAACAGAAAUUGGUUGCUAAUGAUGCUCUGUGUCUUUAUCAGUGUAAAACUUGCGAUCGUUGUUUUCCUUCUUUUCAAGCCUUGGGUGGUCAUAGAGCUAGCCAUAAAAAGCCCAAAUUCAACAACAUUGUUACUAAUUCCGUUGAACAACAGCAACAGGAAGACCCCCAUUUUACAAACUCCAAUUCUAUUCAACUCUCCUUGCAAUUGUCCACCACCAACCGUUCUCCGCCGCCACCGCCCUCCGCCGGUGACCUCAUCAAACCCAAGGUUCAUGAAUGUUCAAUUUGUGGAGCGGAAUUCUCCUCCGGCCAAGCCCUCGGCGGCCAUAUGAGAAGACACAGAGCGUUGACGGCCACCACGACUAGAGCUAUUACUACGACUCCGCAAUUCAUAAAGAAAGAGAGGAAUAUGUUGGAGUUGGAUCUUAAUCUUCCGGCGCCAGAGGAUGACCGGCACCGGCCACCGGUGGCUGUGUUCUCCGCCGCAUCGCCGUUGGUGGAUUGCCAUUACUGAUUUUUUUUUUUUUUUUUUUAAACUAUUAAUUGUUGCAAACGUCGCAUCAUUUGCACCAAAUUAGAACUCCCCAAUUGGAACUUAAUUAAUUCCUUUUGUGGGGUUUCAAUUUGAAUUAUUAUUCAUUUUAUAACCACCCAACAAAAACGAUUCGAUUUU